GAAACUCACGUAACUCUCCAACUCCAAGCAACGACGUUCCUGCAAAGACACCACAGAGAGACAGACGCCUUCUAGUCCAUACCGGAAAGGCCACUCCGCAUCAGUUCGGCCCCCCCCAGUAAAUCCCUCUUGCGGCUCAUCGAGGCGCACAUCCCGCCAGCCUCUCCCGCGCGAGGACACACAGAGGGACACAGGACACAAGGCACAACGGCGAAGAGCAGCAGGACAAACACGCACGCACACACACACACACACACACACACACAAAAUCCAACCACGGACCCGCCAAAAUGUCCGACCUCGACACCUUCACCCUCCUCCCCCUCAAGAUCGACCCCCAAUCCAAAGCCAUCUCCUCCCACGGCCCCAGCACCAAGGCCCUAGACGCCGAGCUGACCUCCCUCAACGCGCUGCACCGCGCCCUCCUGGGCCUCGAGGCCUCGCAGACGGUUCCCCCUCCCCCCGUGCCCGUCAACCCGAAGCGGUCGGCCAACGUGGCCAAGCUGCGCGAGUCCGGAAACGGCGAGUUCCGGCGCGGGCGGUUCGCCGAGGCCAUCAAGUUCUACACGCUGGGCCUGCAGAUGGCGCUGACGAGGCCCGCGUGGGAGCCGGGCCAGCUGGUGCGCGAGGAGGUGGCGCAGCUGUACGGGAACAGGGCGCAGGCGCACAUGGCGCUGCAGGGGUGGGCCGAGGGCGCCGUCGACGCAGAGGCGAGCGUCGAGGCCAAGAGGGCUGGGAAUGCGAAGGCGUGGUGGCGGAGGGGGAGGUGCCUGAUGGAGAUGGGGAGGUUGGGCGAGGCGAGGGAGUGGGUCGGCCGCGGGCUGGAGAUGGAGGGGGAGGAGAAGGAGUUGGUGGAGCUGGCGAGGGAGAUUGAGGGGAAGCUUAAGAAGGGGGGGGAUGGCGAGAAGGAGAAGGAGGAGAAGGAGUGAGAGGGGCCCAGAGCGAUGGGGAAGUGGGAAGCGGGAAGAGGGAAGCCGCCUGGAGAGUACCUAGGACGCCUUGGCAGCUGUAUAUUGCUUGAUUUUGCGAUGCGGGAUGGAUAGAUGCUGUUUCCCGUGGUGGAACACUAGCCCUUAUUUUGCGUGUGUUGGAGCCCCAUGCUGGCAUUCUACGGGUUACCGUGUGAAGUUGGGCCAGGCGGUAGUAGCUAGGGACGUUUCUUUUACUUCACGGCGUUAAAUGGAGAGAGAGAGAGAUUUGUGUGUACUCGUCCAGAGCUGAAAAUUGCCUCGGGAAUGAAUCCAGAGUUCGACAACAA